GGAAGUGGAGGCGAACUGUCGCGGGGCACGCCCGGCCUUGCUCAACGCCCGGCAGUCCCCGCCGUCGCCGCCGCCCUCGGCAGCUGCCGAGGCUUCCCGCAGCCGUCAUGUCCGCCAGCGCCGUCUACGUGCUGGACCUAAAGGGCAAGGUGCUCAUCUGCCGGAAUUACCGUGGCGACGUGGACAUGUCCGAGGUGGAGCACUUCAUGCCUAUCCUGAUGGAGAAGGAGGAGGAAGGGGUGCUGUCGCCCAUCCUGGCCCACGGAGGGGUCCGCUUCAUGUGGAUCAAGCACAACAAUCUGUAUCUGGUCGCUACCUCCAAGAAGAAUGCAUGCGUGUCGCUGGUGUUCUCCUUCCUGUAUAAGGUGGUGCAGGUGUUUUCAGAGUACUUCAAGGAGCUGGAGGAGGAGAGCAUCCGGGACAACUUUGUCAUCAUCUACGAGCUGCUGGACGAGCUCAUGGACUUCGGGUUCCCCCAGACCACCGACAGCAAGAUCCUGCAGGAGUACAUCACUCAGGAAGGCCACAAGCUGGAAACGGGGGCCCCGAGGCCCCCAGCCACCGUCACCAACGCCGUGUCCUGGCGGUCUGAGGGCAUCAAGUACCGCAAAAACGAGGUGUUCCUGGACGUCAUCGAAUCUGUCAACCUCUUGGUCAGUGCCAACGGCAACGUGCUGCGCAGCGAGAUCGUGGGCUCCAUCAAGAUGCGGGUCUUCCUCUCAGGCAUGCCCGAGCUGCGCCUGGGCCUCAACGACAAGGUUCUGUUCGACAACACGGGCCGCGGCAAGAGCAAGUCCGUGGAGCUGGAGGACGUGAAGUUCCACCAGUGCGUGCGACUCUCCCGCUUCGAGAACGACCGCACCAUCUCCUUCAUCCCACCCGACGGCGAGUUCGAGCUCAUGUCCUACCGCCUCAACACCCACGUCAAGCCCUUGAUCUGGAUCGAGUCCGUGAUUGAAAAGCAUUCCCACAGCCGCAUCGAGUACAUGAUCAAGGCCAAGAGCCAGUUCAAGCGGCGGUCAACGGCCAACAACGUGGAGAUCCACAUCCCUGUGCCCAACGAUGCCGACUCCCCCAAGUUUAAGACGACAGUGGGGGGUGUCAAGUGGGUCCCCGAGAACAGCGAGAUCGUGUGGUCCAUCAAGUCCUUCCCGGGCGGCAAGGAGUACCUGAUGCGGGCCCACUUUGGCCUUCCGAGUGUAGAGGCAGAGGACAAGGAGGGCAAGCCCCCGAUCAGCGUCAAGUUUGAGAUCCCAUACUUCACUACCUCCGGCAUCCAGGUGCGCUACCUGAAGAUCAUUGAGAAGAGCGGCUACCAGGCUCUGCCGUGGGUCCGGUACAUCACUCAGAACGGAGAUUACCAGCUCCGGACCCAGUGAGGGGCCCCGCGGCUGCUGCUCCAGAUGGGGGCACCCGCAGGAAGCACCUGCCAAGCCUGCCGGAUGGAGGAGGGGCACCGCCAGCCGCCCUCCCACUCCUCCCGGGGCCCCUCCUCCUCCAGGUGCACCUGCUCUGCCGGUGCCACUCUCGUCCCUGAGGCCCCUUCUCCCAGAAGCGGCUCAUCUUUGAGAAGUCUCAUCUCUCUGCCCGAGUCGGUUUGAGGGGAAGGAAAUGAAAUCUUUCCCUCCAGUUAUCAAGUACAGCCUUCUGUGCUGUUUAGCUCCCAGGCGCCAGAAAGAUGCGAAAUGCUUGCCGGACUGCCGGCCGCUCGCAGCAGGCGCCGGGCCCGCGGGGCCGCUGUUUUAUUGCCGUUCAGCCGAACGUCGUAGGCUUGUAAGCGUUCCUAGACUUCGUCUUGUUCGUCCAUUGCUGUUUACGUGACCCUCACUGUCCGCGCCUCCCGCCACUUGUCCCUAAGCUCCUGGGCAGCACUUCUCGCGGGCAGGACCACACCCCCCGCCCCAGCACCAGCCCUGGGUGACCCUCCAACAUCCGGCCGGAGCCUCACGCUCAGUUCUGUGGCUGCACCUUCUGACUGCUCCGGGGGGCUGCCGGCCUGGACGUCAGACUUCAGGAGGUGCCUUCCAGGGUGAGCUGUGCCACGCAAGGACAUCACCCGGCCACAUCAGUGUUUGUCCCCUGGGGGACCGCCGGCCCCGGAGGGUGGGGGUGGGGGGCACAGGCCACCCUGCUUGUGCUGGGUCACCGCACCACCACCCUGUCUGUGUCCGUGUCACGAUUACAUUAAAUUCCAUUACUUAA